GCGCUCUCGUCUCUUCACUCGCCGGGGCCGAACGAGUGGUCCUCCUCCACCUCCACCUCCGCCUCCGUCUCCAUUCCCCAAACCCCCAACCUCUCGCAGAGCAGACCCACCCGCUGCAGGCCUGGACCACCACCGGUCACGAGGCCACGCGUCAGCGAAACACCCGCCCGCUCUCCGGCCAAGAAGCAAAGGGAGGCGGUCGUCGUCCACCUUUGCCGCCCUUAAUGACGCGCGGUAAUCCAUCUCGCCGAGCUUCUACUACUACAGUCACCGGAGCGCGCUGUGAAGCGUCACAUGGGAUGGGCUUGUACGUACGCUAGCUAGCACAUUUAUUACGGCAGUCGGCAGGUCGCCCAUCCCAUCCCAUCCCGUCCCACCGCGGCCGCCGUCCCUUCUCGCCUUCGCCUCCGGGUCCCGGCCCGCUUUAAACCCGCCCCUGGCCUCCCUGGCUCCCUCCCUCCCUAGCCAUCGCCAUUCUUGGUGUCGCUUAGCAUAAUCAUUACCGAUAAUUAUUGGCGGCCUCCCAGAUAUUUUCAUCCGCUCACUUGAGUUCACCCCUCUCGGGUGGCCGCGAGAGCCCAGAUCGGCGAUCGGCAGAUGGACGCGGCCCUAUCCGCCGUCGCCGACGAAGCGCCGCCCGCUGUCGUCCUCGUCUCCGCCGGUGCCAGCCACUCCGUCGCCCUCCUCGCGGGCAAUGUGCUGUGCACGUGGGGCAGGGGAGAGGACGGGCAGCUCGGCCACGGGGACGCGGAGGACCGGCUCGUGCCGACGGUGAUCAGCGGCUUCGACGCGCCGGGGAUCACGUCCGUCAUCUGCGGGGCGGACCACACCACCGCCUACUCCGAGGACGAGCACCAGGUCUACAGCUGGGGGUGGGGGGAUUUCGGGAGGCUCGGCCACGGCAACUCCACCGACGUCUUCACGCCCCAGCCGGUCAAGGCGCUGCAGGGGAUCAAGAUCAAGCAGCUAGCCUGUGGGGAUAGCCACUGCCUGGCCGUCACCAUGGCCGGUGAAGUGCUCAGUUGGGGGCGUAACCAAAAUGGCCAGCUUGGUCUUGGAACUACUGAAGAUUCGCUGCUCCCACAAACGAUUCAAGCUUUUGAGGGUAUUUCUGUGAAGAUGAUUGCUGCUGGUGCCGAACAUACUGCUGCAGUAACUGAAGAUGGCGAUAUCUAUGGAUGGGGCUGGGGUCGAUAUGGAAACUUGGGUCUUGGUGAUCGGAAUGACCGAUUUGUUCCUGAAAAAGUAUCUUCGGUGGAGGGAGACAAGAUGGUGCUUGUUGCAUGCGGAUGGCGCCAUACCAUUACUGUUUCCUCCUCCGGUAGUUUGUACACUUACGGUUGGAGUAAAUAUGGUCAGCUUGGUCAUGGCGAUUUUGAAGAUCAUCUAGUUCCACAUAAAGUAGAAGCCUUAAAGGAUAGCUCUACAUCCCAGAUUUCAGGUGGAUGGAGGCACACAAUGGCACUUACAUCAGAUGGAAAACUUUAUGGAUGGGGAUGGAACAAGUUUGGGCAAGUUGGAGCUGGCGAUAAUGCUGAUCACUGUUCCCCAGCCCAGGUUAAUUUUCCUGAGGAACAGAAAGUUGCCCAAGUUGCUUGUGGAUGGAGGCACACUCUUGCUUUCACAGAAAAGAAAAAUGUGUUUGCAUGGGGAAGGGGUACUAGUGGACAACUCGGUCAUGGGGAAAUAGUUGACAGGAACACACCUGUGAUUAUUGAUGCCCUAAGCCCAGACGGUCCUGGUUGCAAGAAGCUGGAGUCUUCAGCAGCUAUUCCAUUUGCAGCUAAAAUUUGGGUGUCACCCUCUGAAAGAUAUGCUCUUGUUCCUGAUGAGAAGGUUGCAAAACCAGGUGAUGCCACCGCGCGUGGCAAUGGUGCGGAUGCGAGUGUGCCCGAGAAUGAUGUAAAGAGAAUGCGCGUUUGAUCCUAGUGCGAUGACCCGUCAUCUAUGUACCUCAUUAACCCUAGCACUACCACCAAAAAACCUUGCGCAUUGUUCAUCAGUUUCCAUCUAGUGGUGUCCAGUUUUUGUGCAUUCCGUUCUGCCAAAGUACUUUCCAGGAGAGGAACCGCCUUCUCCCGGCGUUGAGAGAUGAUGUGUCGGCACCUAUGGGCUAUGGUGUAUAAUUCACCUCUUAGAGGUGGCUAGUAGAAUCAACCUGUACCUGUGUUCUGAAUGUUUCGGUAGCUUCAUCCGACACUUUGUUUGGACGGUACCAUCAAUAAGCUAUUCGUUCUUA